AAGUAUGUUACUAUUUCUCUGUUUUCCAUAUAUUUUAUUACUUCACAAAGGACCUACUAAAUCUAGAACAGAACCAAACCAAAUUGAACUACUCAAUCUAGUACAGUGAGUCCAAACCAGCAUCCAGAGACCACAUUUUGUGUGAAACAUUCGCAAAUGUUGCUUUUUAAACACGACCAUUAAGAAAAUGAAAAGUAGUGGCAGCCCCCUUGACUUAAUGAGUGACCAAAAUUGAUGUGAAUUUAUUGUCUCUUUACUUUUCUUUAUAAGCCUUCACUGCAAAUCUUUCACGGUUUCUACUUCCAUGUGAGCUUCAAAUUAUUCUCUUUUUUUUCCAUGGAGACUCAAAAACUAAUUAUACAUCUCAUUCUUCUCCUUUGCAUACCUUGUUCAUCCUCUUUCAGUCCCAUAGAUAACUACCUUCUUAGCUGUGGAUCACAGAACAAUGCUUCUCUCUUCAACCGCAUCUUCGUUGGUGAUUCCACAAACCAAGGCUCAAGUUUUCUCUCUGCUGACAAAUCCAUUUCCCUCACCAACCAAAACCCUCCCCCAGAUUUGCCCAUUUUGUAUCACACUGCAAGAGUUUUCCCCAGCACAGGAAGCUUCGGGUUCAACAUGAUAAAGCAUGGAACCCACUUGGUUCGUUUUCAUUUCUCACCUUUUAAGGCUCAAGGGUUUGAUCUAAAAUCUGCUAACUUCAGUGUCUUGGUUGAUGGUAAUUUGGUGCUUAGAAAUUUCAAGCCAAGUAAUGGUGUGCUGCUUAAGGAGUUUAUUCUGAAGAUAGAGUCAAAUUUGCUUGAAAUUGUGUUUAGACCUGAAGGUAAUUCAGGUUUUGCCUUUGUCAAUGCUAUGGAGGUGUUUACUGCUCCUGUUGAUUUUGUUAUAGAUUAUGGAGCUAGGUUAGUGGGUCCUUUUGGUGUGGUAGAGUACAAGAACCUUUCAUCUCAGGUUUUGGAAACUGUCCAUAGGAUUAAUGUUGGGGGUGUGAAAGUAACUCCUUUUAAUGACACCCUUUGGAGGACAUGGAUUCCUGACGAGGAAUUUCUGGUUUUUAAGGAUGCUGCUAAGCCUGUGGGGAGUACUCAAACACCAAAUUACCAGAAAGGAGGCGCCACUCGGGAGAUCGCCCCAGAUAGUGUUUACAUGACUGCACAGGAAAUGGAUAAGGAUCACGCCAUUAUAGGUUCACAGUUCAACAUAACCUGGGAUUUUCCAGUGGCACCUGGUGGUGUUCGACACUUGGUUCGGUUGCAUUUCUGUGAUAUUGUUAGUCCUGUUCUUAAUUUGCUAUAUUUUGACGUGUAUAUCAACGGGUAUUCUGCAUGCAAGGAUCUGGAUUUGUCAUCCCUUACAUUUCAUGUGCUUGCAUCUCCGGUGUAUAUGGAUUUUGUUGCAGAUUCUGAUGACUCAGGUGUUAUUCGAAUAAGUGUUGGCCCUUCUGAACUGAGUGGUUCUAGGGGGAUGAAUGCCAUUUUGAAUGGGGCAGAGAUAAUGCAGCUGGUGAAUGUUGAGGACUCACGUGUUGUUCCUGGGAGGAAAAGGUUGUGGAUAUUGGUGGGUUCAAUUGCAGGUGGUGUUGUUGUUUUGCUUUUUGUUAUGUCUGCAUUUGUGCUUGCUCUCAAAUGCAGGAAGAAGAAGAAGAAAAAGAAACCAAAACAAAGGACACUGGAAAGUGUAGGAUGGACUCCUUUACGUGUGUUUGGAGGGAGUUCACUGAGUAGAAUGUCUGAAGGAACAGCUUUUCCCUCUCCUGGUUCUUAUGGUUAUUUUGGGUUGAGAAUCCCUUUUGCUGAUAUACAAUUAGCCACAAAUAACUUUGAUAGGAGUCUGAUUAUAGGAUCUGGUGGGUUUGGUAUGGUUUACAAAGGAGUGCUCAAAGACAAUGUGAAGGUUGCUGUCAAGAGAGGCAUGCCAGGAUCAAGACAAGGCCUUCCUGAAUUCCAGACUGAAAUAACAAUCUUAUCAAAAAUUCGCCAUCGCCAUCUUGUUUCACUGGUUGGAUAUUGUGAAGAAAACUCAGAGAUGAUACUAGUCUAUGAGUAUGUUGAAAAGGGUCCACUCAAAAAACAUCUAUAUGGUUCAGCAGUACAUACACCUUUGUCUUGGAAGCAGAGACUUGAGAUAUGCAUUGGUGCAGCUAGAGGUCUGCACUAUCUACACACAGGUUUUGCGCAAGGAAUCAUACACCGUGACAUCAAAUCAACCAAUAUUUUGCUGGAUGAGAACUAUGUUGCCAAGGUUGCUGAUUUUGGUCUUUCAAGAUCAGGACCUUGCCUCAAUGAAACCCAUGUUAGUACUGGUGUGAAAGGAAGUUUUGGUUAUCUUGAUCCUGAGUAUUUCCGAAGACAGCAGCUUACGGAUAAGUCAGAUGUUUACUCAUUUGGGGUUGUGCUUUUUGAGGUUCUUUGUGCCAGACCUGCUGUUGAUCCACAACUUGAUAGAGAACAGGUGAACUUAGCAGAAUGGGCACUUGAAUGGCAGAAAAAAGGCAUGCUAGAACAUAUUAUUGAUCCUUUUCUUGUUGGGAAGAUAAAACAAAGCUCGUUGAAGAAAUUUGGUGAAACAGCAGAGAAAUGUUUGGCUGAAUAUGGUGUUGAUAGGCCAACUAUGGGUGCUGUGUUGUGGAAUUUGGAAUAUGCACUUCAGCUCCAUGAAAGUGACCAAGAAGAGGAGCCAUACGAUGAUAGCAGUGCUCAGGAAACAGUGAAUGUGACAACUACAGUAACUCCUGGGAGUCCUUCUAGAAGAGAGGGAGAUAAUGAUAAUGGUUAUUCAGACAUUAGUGCUACUGAAGUUUUUUCUCAACUAAUGAAGAGUGAAGGUAGAUAGAGACAGAAAUGUCAUGCAAAUAGAGGCAACUCUUGAUCAUGUAUAGAAAGGUUCACAUGGAAAUAAAGGUGUACCAAGGAGUACCUGUGCUUUGAUAAUUCUUUUCUUUAUAAUUUUUCUUCUGUUAAAGAAAACUGCACCCAUACCAACAUUAACAUUCGCAUAUGGCAGCCAGUGAUAAGCAAGACUCAUUUCUAGUUUCUUACGUAUGUUUGCAUAAGCUUUACUUUCAUGAUGUCUGUCACUGAAGGGAUGCAAAGUAUCUCUUUAGAAGAAUCAGGGUAACAAAGAUCAUAUGCUAAGCUUAAUGGUCAUAUUUUUUACAGAAGCAUUCAAUGGGAAUUCAUCAUACUGACACUGACACAUCAUAGUAAUUAAUAGGAGAAUGUGGAGAUAGGGUGAAUUGCUAUUGUCUGUGCAAAAACAACUUGUUUUCAAGGCCACUUUCCCAGAUAAUCAUGAAAAUAUACUCCAUUCUUGUGUUUUAGAGAUCAGUUAUAAGUCAUAACUGAAGUGAGUUGUUCCUAACAGAUGCCAUAGGUUAAUCGAAUAAGACACUUAGAAUAUUUGUCAGGAAUUUAUACCUCAAAGCUGCAUCUACAUUUCACGUGCUAUUGUGUCAUUUCUCGUUCUUUUUUCCCGAAUAUAUGAGAAGAUAUUUACCAGCUAAAGAACAUGUCCACAUUUGGCAGAUCAAUCGAACUCAUUCAACAACCUUCUAUCUCUUUCGCUUGAAGAAAAUGUAGAAUCUCCUUUUCAGAUAAAAGGAUCAAAGAAUACUUAUUCAAUUCCAGAUUUUGUUGAGGUGAUUGCCCUGCCCUCAUUUUCUUCUCACUCCACUACUACUUUACAGAAAGAGAAGAAUCUUUUCAGAUAAGGUUGGAAUGAUGCAUAGAAGAAUUUACACAAACACACACAAAUGGCUACAUGAAUUACUAUUACCCGCAAUCAAAGGCCAACCUAUUAAAAAUAAGAUUCCUAAACAAGUAGGACCACUUACAUGAAAGAAAUUGGCUUCCACCAUUUUGCCUUUGCCACCCUUUAAGAGGUUAUUCUCUGUAUGGAUUUCUGAGCUCUCUCGGUCAAAAAGACAAACACACUGUGCGCAUUGCUGCUAAUUUUUGCAAUGUGGAGGAAAUAGUAGUUUGUUCUCCACUCCUUUCUGAGCUUCAUUAUCAAGCAAACACUUGUGAAUGCCGUGGUCAACUUUGUUUAUUUGAGACACGUUUUUCUGUGCUUCCUACUGCUUCUUGAGCAAUAAAUUUAUUUGUGCGGUGGAACCUGUGUUGUUCUUACACAUGCAAAUUAGAUAUUGUGAACAUGCAACAAGACAUUACAAUACAAGUGGGCACGUCACUAGAAGUCUAUGAAGAAAAAGUAACUUUUGUUAUGCCUAAGAAUGAGUUUGGCUCAUUUGUAUAAUGGCAUGUUU